AUGGCGGCCGGUGGUGGGAGUUCUUCGCUGCAGCUACCCUGCGUUUUUUCACCCAAAUCACGACAGUACUUAGCAUUGUGUGCCCAGGAUGGCAGACUUCGCAUUUGGAACACAGAUAGUAAAACACUUCAUCAAGAAUAUGUGCCUUCAGCCCAUUUGAGUGCCACUUGUAUCUGCAUAACCUGGGGACCAUGCCGGACAGUCAAGGAGGGGCCUCAGAGGAAGAAGAGAAAAUCAGAAGCUGGGCAGGUGGAGGAGAAGGCAGACCUGCUGGCUAUGGGCACAGCAGCGGGUACUGUCCUCAUCUACAGUACAGCAAAGGGAUCUCUGCACUGUACCCUGGAUGGAGGCCACAGUGGAGCAGUGAAUUGUGUUCAGUGGCACCCUGAAGACAGUAUUUUGUACAGCGGGUCAGAUGAUACAAACAUUGUAGAGUGGGACUUGCAGACAGGCAAGACACGAAGUAAGUGGAAGGCGGACCGUGCAGCAGUGACCAGUCUGGCUGUGAGUCCUGAUGGCAAACUGCUGCUUUCAGCUGGUCAGGUAAUCAAGAUGUGGGACUUGGACACCAAGGAGGUUUACAGGAAGUUCACAGGCCACUCCACGGCUGUGACGACCCUGUGCUUUGCCACCACGAGACCUCCUGACAGCAAUGGUCUCUAUUUCCUGUCUGGUGCUGCACAUGAUCGGCUACUCAGUGUUUGGCAAGUACGAGAGGAUGGAAAGGACAAGAAUUCAGUGGUGUCCUUCACACUGACGGACGAGCCACAACACAUCGACCUUGUCACAUCGAACAGCAAGGAAGAGGCGCUGAGGAUGGCAGUAGUGUGUAAGGAUGGGCAGUUGCAUCUCUUUGAGCACUUUUUAAAUGGGCCCUGUAAGAAGCCCAUGUCACCCUCAUGUACGGUGCAGAUGUCUGACACAAAGGACUCUCCAGUCCCCAUCCCACUGCUGGCUGCUGGCCUCGGAGCGGAUACACGGAGCAUAUUGCUGGCCUAUGGCAACCACCUACAGCCUGUCAUGGAGAAAGUGGAGAUCAACACAUCAGAGAGACACAUCUGUUUGACCCGGGAUGUUCAGACCAGCUUAUCCCUUUCAAUUGAAACCGCAGUUUCUAAGGUGAAAACUCCCAUUGUGAACACCAAUAGCAAAGUGUUGGUCCCAGGCCUUCCUGGUCAUCAGGCCCCAGUCAAGGGGACGGCACAGGGAUUAGAGAAGAGGAAAAAAGAUGCAGACACCAAAGAGAUGUCGAUAGCAGAGCGAAUAGGUGAAAUCGAUCUGUCUUCAGUUUCCAAGGGGAGGGGAGCUCCUAAAGGGACGGUGUCUUUACAGACGGACAAUUUUGCAGUGCUGCUGGUACAGGGCCUGGAGAGCAGCGAUGCCAACAUCCUAAAUAAAGUUUUUCAGACUCGCAAAGAGAUGGUGAUAAAGAAGACAGUGGCUCGGUUACCCCUACCUGCCGUUUUACCUUUGGUAGAAGAGAUCACAAAGAGACUUCAAGGGCACCCUUUUACGGCUGUUUUAAUGGUGCGGUGGCUCAAGGCUGUUCUUAUGCAUCACACAUCAUACCUGGCAUCGCUGCCAGACCUUGUUACCCAGCUGGGAGUGCUUUAUCACAUGAUUGAGAGCAGAGUGAAGAUGUUCCACAAGCUAACAAAGCUGCAUGGGAAACUGUAUCUCCUAAUGACGCAGGUGGCGACAAGUGACAGCAGCAACACAGUUACAGAUGUUGACCAUACAGCCAAGCUGGUGUAUGAGGAGGAAUCAUCUGAUGAAGAUGAGGCCUCUGGUGAUGAAGGUCUUCCGGAUCAUGACUCUGAUAAUUGGGAGGAAGAGGAGGAGGAGGCGGCGAUGGAGGAGAAAAUGGAAGAAGACAAGGAGGAACAUGCAGACGAGGAAGAGGAUCCAGGCAACAGAACAGAUUCCAAAGCUAAUGGAGAGGAAGACAUGGAGCACGGAGACGAGAGCGAAGAGGAAUGAGGAAACUCGCCAGUCAUACAUUAAAUGGACCUGAAAGAGUUAUAUAUAUAAACUUUCAUUUUAUUUUUCAUGCUUUUGAUUUUAUUAUCAGAACAAAGUUUGGUUUUACAAAAUCAAGGGACACAUGUUGUAACGCAGGCAGCUCAGCCCUGUGCCUCGCCACAACACAGUUCAGAUGCAAGAAUGGUGAUGCCAUUCUGUCUUUGUGCCCCUGUCUGAGGAACAGAUGCAGAAACAUUUUGCAGAGAAAGUCAAAACAUUCUGUAGAAUAAAAUUGAUGCAAGUUCUCCUUUCUGCUGUGAUUUCAGUCUACAUCCCAGCCUCGCAGCCUGAUGAGUUUGCAUUUAAAUGACUGAAAAGUUAAUAUGAUGCCGUUCCAGUUUGCCUACAGUGCAGUCUGCAUUCCAAAUUUUAUGUCAUUAUGAAAUAAAUAGUAAUAGAGUAUAUUGUAUGACCAGGUUAACAGUUGAUGAGAUGGCGCUCUGUGAAUGGUUAUGCUAACUUAACUCUGUAGGCCCCCUGGAACAAGCCUUGUUCAGUGAAGCCCUCGGAUUCAAACUCAAUGCAGGUGCAGAGUUGGGAUGCAGCCUCCACCUCUGCAGUUUGUUGUACAGAAUACUGCCUGAUCCAGAGGUGGGCUUGCCAGGCAAGACCAUACAUCAUGUCCCCACACGAUGUAAAUCUGUAUGUACAGUCAAGUGUUUGUAUGAGCUCCUCCUCUGCAGCUUUCCCCAGAAAUCCUUGGGAUUAAAUGAACUCCUGUAAAGUCUUCUGAAUGUGUUUUUUAUUUUUAUUUUUUAUUGAUUCCACAUUUGUUGCAGCCCUCUUGUUUUAACUAGAUUUUUUUUUUCUUCCUUUUGUGUGUUUAGUUUCUGGACAUGCCCUGAUGUCCACUGCCUUUAACCCAUAGUCACAGCGGCGACGGAGAAAAAGAAAAUGUGAACUUGGCUUGAAUAGGUGAAUAAAUGGGUUUUCAAAA